CAAGCACCUCUUCCUCCACCGUCAUCAUGGGCGUAACGAUCUGGAUUGUCCCACCCAAGCCCAUUCGUGAGGCGCUCGAGAAACGCAUCAUGACCAUCCGCCCACCCUCUAAGCGCCCGCUCAACCCCUCUACCUACCCUCACUUCACACCCCACAUCACCCUCGCUGCCCUCGGACCCAACACCUCCAUCCCUCUUGAGCGGCUUCGCACGGCGAUCCCAAAGGACACCCCACCCACCCGCGCCACCUUCGCCUCGAUCGAGGUCGGCGACCACUUCUUCCGCUCCGUGUAUACAGCGAUCAAGUCCACCGCGGAGCUGCUCGAGCUGCACAAGCGGGUGCACGACGCGCUCGACCUGCCCCCGCGCACGCCCAAGUACCCCCAUGUGUCGUUGGCGUAUAUUGUGGAUGAGGACGCGGAGGAGCGGGAGGCCUACCUGCAGGCGCUGAAGGAUGAGGGCGUGAUACGGGAGGAGGGAGAUAGGGUAGGUAUACAGUGUGGGGAAGAUGGGGGAUGGGUCGAUGGGUUCGAUGUGAAGGAGAUCUGGAUCGCCAAGUGUGAUGGUCCGGUGGAGAGUUGGGAGAUCCUAGAUCGGUUGACGCUCUGAAGAUCGGACAAGAGGCAGGGAAGCAACAUGACUGUCAUCGAGGAUAUAGGUCGUCGCGAAGGAGGUCUAACUACUAGGUACUGAUCAAUGCAGUACAUCUAUCUACAGAAGCCCGCAAGCGAACUUCUAGCGGUACAAAUAAAUAGGCAGUGUAAAGAGUGGCAGGGGUAUUCCAUCCGUUCAUGGGAGGCAAUACGAGGCAAGGCGAGUGAU